AGUGACAGGUGACAAUUUCCUUCACUUAUAUAUUGUCAAUUGUACUGUGUGUUGUCCAUGUGAUAUUUUAUAAAAUUAAUUAAAAAUGAUUGUCGAGAAGAAAAAGAAGCGUGUAUCGAAAAAGAAUAAAGCAGCUUGGCGUAAACAUAGUGAUAUCCGCGAUGUAGAAGAUUUCUUAGAGGAUCAAAGAUUAGAAGAAAGAUUGGGGCAUUUUGAUACAAAAAAAGAUGAGGAGAUAUUUAUGUUGGAUACUGUUGGCGAAGGAAAGGAAGAGGAGAAACCAGAUGUGAAACCGUUAUCUGCUAAAGAGCAAAAAAGAGCUAAAUUGAAUGAAACCCCACGAUGUUUUCAAAUACUACUCCCGUCUUCUAAGGUAGAAGAUCCAAACAAAAAAAGGAACACUGUUAAAGCUACAGGCUCGAAGCCAUCAGAUUUGUCAAAACUAACAACAAAAAGGAAAAUCGAAAAGGGCGUGUUGCAGAAACAAAUUGAACUGACAAAGAAAAACAUCAGAAUUGCAAGGGAAAAGAAGAGGAAGUCUAAAGUUAUCAGGCAAACGUUCGAUAAGAACUUGUGGAGUGCUGAUUUAGAAGCAAAAGGUAUACCUGCGACCCUGUGUGAAGAGUUCAUAUCUCCAGAGGCUCAACUGCACAAUGUUCACACAACACAGCGUUUGAGGGCGAAGCCCCCACCGCCGAAGAUGGUAGUGUCUAGAAUGGCUGUAGAGCCUCCGCACCCAGGUGUCAGUUAUAAUCCAUCAUUCCAGGAACACCAAGAUUUGCUGCAACAAGUUGUCAAGCAUGAGGAGAAAAUGAUGAAGAAGGAAGCUCAUCUCCUGCGAGUCACCAACAAGAUGUUCAGAAAGGUUACAGCCCAGUCUAAGGAGAAUCAAUGGAUAGAAGAGAUGAGCGUAGGCCUGCCGCAGCCGCACAACCCGCAGACAGACGAACAGUCAGGUAGUGACGGCGAAUAUCGCGCCAUCAACCCGCCCGUACAGAACAAGAAGAAGGACCACAAGGCGAGGAGGAAGCAGAGGGAGAUGAUAGAGGAGAAGGAGAGGAAGAAACGUGAGAAGAUCGAUAAGAAGAAGAUCACCGAUUUGUACAAGUUACGCAAACUCCAAGCGUCCAUAACGAAAAAGGAGAAGCUGCUCGAAGCAGAGAGAAAGAAAAAAGAGAUGAAGAAGAAGGAGUUGGCAGAAACAGCGUUGCCCGAACUCAACGCGCACAAGGCCCCGCUUAAAGAGCCAGAAUUUGUGCCGCCAGAAGAAUUGUCUGGAGAUUUGCGGACACUGUCUGCUAGCAAAAAUCUUCUCCGGGAGCGUUUCGAGUCCCUCCAAAGGCGAGGGGUGCUUGCGGCCUCGAGGGUCAUGAUGAAGAAGAAGCGAAGGGUCAAGAGUUACUUCAAAGCUGGGCACAAGGUCACUGACCAGGAUGUGGAGAAAUAUAUGAAUAAAAUCAACAAAAAGAACAAACUCACUGUAUCCAAGUAGUGAAUAAAUGUUUGAAACAAG